AUGUCCUCCCCAGUACCAUCCUCAUCCGGUCAUACCGAGCCACAUAUCGCACAGUCUCCCCCUCCAGAUAUAAACCUUCGUAGUCGCUUGCCCGAGUCUGUCCCUGGCGACGUCUCGCCGACAUCCUCUACCUUCACAAACAUGUCGCGAACCCCCGGGGGACCUAUACUAUCUGCCCACCUAGCAGGUCCAACGCGGAAAAUCACAAUCCGCGCGGAUCCCUCCCUUGUGACGUGUUUCGAUCCAUCCGACAAACAGGUGUAUGACCUCUGGGCUCCAAAGAAAUGA